AUGCCUUUUGAAACAGAGGCAUUGUCUCAGGAUGAACUUCACAAGAGGUUGUACCAGACAUUUAAGAAUCGGGGUAUUUUGGAUACACUCAAGACUCAACUUCGAAACCAGCCUAUACAUGAGUUGAUGCAUCCUGUUUUGAGUGGAGAACUGCAGCCACAGUCCAUUCCUGUUGAAGGAAGCUCAUUAUUAGUUGGGGCUUCUAAUAGCCUAGUGGCUGAUCAUCUUCGAAUAUUUACUAUGCAAGAUCUACUUCAACUGAUUAAAAUCAGCCCCAAAUCCAGACUCUACAAGUCAUUGACUUCAAGGAUUCAAAAAGAGAACCAAAAAGAAAGUUGCAAUAUGGAGACUCAAACAAGUUCAGCAUUAUUACCUACUAGAGAAUCUCUUGCUGAAAAAUUUCAGCUUAUUGAUGAGCAAUUUGCAGAUAUUUAUCCCCAGCGCCUUAAACUGGAAUCUUUAGAAACAAAGUUCAAUGAAUAUAAGAAAGAAAUAGAACAACAACUUCAAUCAGAAAUGGCUCAAAAGCUGCAGCAUUUUAAAGAUAUCAAAAUAGCAAGAAUGAGAAUGGAAGAAAAAAGAAAACUCCAAAAAGAAAUGUCUGAAUUGCGGCAAGAAUUAGAAAAGACACAUCAAGCAAAAUCUGAAGCGCUAAUUUCUCGAGAAAAGAAUGCUAUUGAGAGACUUCAAAAGCACCAGGAGAUUGAAGCAAAAGAAAUUUAUAUCCAGAGGCAGGAUUUGCUGAAAGACAUUGAAAUGGUAAGAAGUAGAGAAGCUGAACUAAAGCAAAGAAUGGAAGCUUUCAAAUUAGCCCAGAAGCUACAAGAAGAAAAAUAUAAAACCCAGGAAGAAUCCUUGAGAAGAAGGGAGCUGAAUGUGGGGAACAUGGAGGAGGCAUAUGAACAAAGGCUCAAGAAUGAACUUCUAAAAUAUCAGCUUGAAUUAAAGGAAGAAUACAUAACCAGAUCUAAUAGAGUGCUUGAAGAAGAACAAAAGAAUAAAGAGAAAGCUAUGCGUUUGCAAGAAGAAGCCAAUGCUAUUAAUUCAAGAAGGGAAGAACUCAGGGAAGCUAUAUCUCAUGGCAAAAAUCUUGAGCUUGAAUUGGAUUCUCUCAAAGAACAAAUUUUAUUAGUAACAAAACAAAACCAGUCACUGAGUGAAAAAAUUAAAGAUACUACUGAUUAUUUACUUUUAAAAGAAGAUUGACUGGAGCUUCAGGCACAAAAUAAAUUGCUUAAACAACAAAUGGAAGAAAUUCGAAGUGAAAACAUGCACCUCCAAAGAAAAUCUACUCAGCCAUCACCUGAGUUCAUAGCCUUACAGAAAGAAUCAAAGAUGACAGAAAAUGCAAGAAAGCUUGAACAAAAGGCAUUUGAGACUGAGAAACAAUCCCUAGAAAAACGACUCCAAGAUGAGGUUGAACGUUGUUCAUUACUGAAGAACCAGAUAUUGGAUUAUGAAGUUUCUACAAGGAGGUUAAAUAUGCAGAUCGAUGACUUGAAAUUGCAACUUAGACAAACCCAGGCAGCUUUAGAAAAUGAAGUAUACCGAAAUUCAAAGCCAUCGUUGGUUGAUCACUCAGGCAUUAAUUUCACAAGUGACAAGGCUGUACCUCAUGAUAAUUAUAUAGAUAAUUUCUUGAAGAAUCGACUCUUUUCUGAUGAUAUUGUCCAGUCUGAAGAUAUUCCAAGGAACAGGUAUUACCAGCAUCCCAGAAUUGAGAGUGAUACCACAGAUACUGACCUUGAAUUUGUAGCUAAUACUAAAGCAAGGGUAAAAGAACUAGAGAAAGAGGCAGAACACUUAGAAGAAGCCUACAGGAAUUACCAGCAACGAGUUUCUCAAGCCACAAUGAAAAGCAUUUCACCAGCAAGGAGUCAGUCUCCUUUAUUUAUACCAGAAAUUUUAAGUAGUAGCAUUCUUGAAAAAAAUAUGUUUGCAGAGAACAAAUUUGUUUCUGAGCAGCUUCCACUCAGCAGUUCAAAAGAUGAAAGGGGUGAUGGGAUUACUGAUUACCAAACUCCACAGCAAAGGAAAGCUCUUUCCCCCAGACAUCUUUCCUCUACUCCACGUCCAAAAGCAAGGAGAAGCCUUAGUAGCCAGAUCUAUUUAGGAGGUAACAAUGGUUCAUUUGUUGGGUCUCCCUGUCCACCUGCUGACAAAAUUCCAUCACCAAUUCCAAAGACAAGUCAACCUCUUUCUGCUCCCAAUAUCUCAGUUACUUGCUUACCAGGCAAUCAUGAACAGAAUUCAAGUAAUUCUGAGAAGCACACGGAUCAAGAUAUAAGUGGAUUUUCAGAUUCGGAGAAAUUAGGCAUUGAAGAUGUUCAAAAUCAGUCUUCUUUAGAAGAUGGUGGGAACAUUCCAAAGCAACUUGAAAAAGAUGUGCUAUAUCAAGCGGGAGAUAAGGUUCCCACUAACAAUGUCAUAAACAAUGAGCCAACAAUAACUACUUUUCAUCAAGGCCCAAAUUUAGAAGAACAGAACACAGAAGAAAAAUGGGAAGAGGAACGGAAAGAGAGAGAAGAAAAGCGACAGAGAGAAAGAUUGGAAAUUUUUGAAAGAGAACAAAAAGAACUACAAAGACUGAAUGAAGAAAUGAUAUUACUUGAAGAAUCAUUAAAAAGUGAAGUAGAAAAAGAUGCUAAAGGGUUAGAAAUCAUCGAAAAAGAAUUGGAAAACAAAGAAAUUGUCAACCCUUUAGAAAAAUAUAUGAAAAUUAUCCAGCAGAAUAAAGAACAGGAAUCAGUUAAGAGCUCAAAAAAAGAAGUUUUGGAAGAAGCAUCUAUAGAAGAAACACUGUUAUCUAAUGAUAAAGCUGAGAGUUUGUCAGCUUCUGAAGAACCAGAUGACUUCUGGUAAGAUGUUUGCUUCCUGGACUCAUACUUAGAGCAGUGUCAUGUAUCAAGUAUAGGCCCAGGUUUUCAUUGUUGAAAGCCGGAAUAUUUAAUAAAGAUUUUACAUA